AUGGACCAAGUCAGCCUGGUCAAGUACAACAUCAGCGCGUCGGCGCUGGUGACGUAUCUGGACAGCAUCUUUGGAAGGAACAAAUACCGUUGGAAACCUAUCAAGGUCGGAGCAAGCACAAUGUACGAGGUGACGGCGGCGAGGAAGUUGUCCGUCACGGAACAUGGCGAGAUUAAACAGCGCUCGGGGGUCACGCUUGUGGAUGCCUGGUAA